AUGGCUACUCCUGCUCAAAACUACAAAGUUGCUGACAUCUCAUUGGCUGCCUUCGGUAGAAAGGACAUUGAAUUGUCUGAAAAUGAAAUGCCAGGUUUGAUGGAUAUCCGUAGAAAGUACGGUCCAUCUCAACCAUUGAAAGGUGCUAGAAUUGCUGGUUGUUUGCACAUGACUGUUCAAACCGCUGUUUUGAUUGAAACCUUGGUUGCUUUGGGUGCAGAGGUCACCUGGAGUUCUUGUAACAUUUUCUCCACUCAAGAUCAUGCUGCUGCUGCUAUUGCUGCUGCUGGUGUCCCAGUCUUUGCUUGGAAGGGUGAAACCGAAGAAGAAUAUCUUUGGUGUAUCGAACAACAAUUGUUUGCUUUCAAGGAUGGUAAGAAGUUGAACUUGAUCUUGGAUGAUGGUGGUGAUUUGACUACUUUGGUUCACCAAAAGCACCCUGAAAUGUUGGACGAUUGUUUCGGUUUGUCUGAAGAAACCACCACUGGUGUUCACCACUUGUACAAGAUGGUUAAGGAUGCUACUUUGAAGGUUCCUGCUAUCAACGUCAAUGACUCUGUCACCAAAUCCAAGUUUGAUAACUUGUACGGUUGUAGAGAAUCUUUGGUUGAUGGUAUCAAGAGAGCCACUGAUGUCAUGAUUGCUGGUAAGGUUGCUGUUGUUGCUGGUUUCGGUGAUGUUGGUAAGGGUUGUGCUAUGGCUUUAAGAUCUAUGGGUGCUAGAGUCAUUGUUACUGAAAUUGAUCCUAUCAAUGCUUUACAAGCUGCCGUUUCUGGUUACCAAGUUGCUCCAUUAGAUGAAGUUGCUUCCAUGGGUCAAAUCUUUGUUACCACCACUGGUUGUAGAGAUAUCAUUACCGGUAAGCACUUUGAACAAAUGCCUGAAGAUGCUAUUGUUUGUAACAUUGGUCACUUUGACAUUGAAAUCGAUGUUGCUUGGUUAAAGGCUAAUGCUGCUUCUGUUGUUGAAAUUAAGCCUCAAGUUGACAGAUUCUUGAUGAAGAAUGGUCGUCACAUCAUCUUGUUGGCUGAAGGUAGAUUAGUCAACUUGGGUUGUGCCACUGGCCACUCUUCAUUUGUCAUGUCUUGUUCCUUCUCUAACCAAGUUUUGGCUCAAAUUGCUCUCUUCAAGGCUAACGAUGAAGGAUUCAGAGCCAAGUUCCCUGAAUUCUCCAAGACUGGUCCUUUCGACAUUGGUGUUCACUUGUUACCAAAGAUUUUGGAUGAAACUGUUGCUAGAUGUCACUUGGACCACUUGGGUGCAAGAUUGACCGUCUUAUCUGAUGUUCAAGCUGAAUACUUGGGUAUUCCUCAACAAGGUCCUUUCAAGAGUGAUCAAUACAGAUACUAA